GAAAUACUAUCCCCCGUUACGUAGAACCUUCAGAAGCAUUUUAGUGUAGCUCACAUUUCUCAUCAUCAUUCACCCGAAGAAAAAGCUAUCCCAGAAUUCACGUGGUUCUUUUUAACAGAAUUCAUUAUUUAUAGCUGCAAAUCUCUCACCCCACCACUUGCUUCUCUCUCAAUAUAUAUAUAUCUUUGCUGGUGUGGGGGGUGUGUGCUUACUUCCUUACAUAUAUGAUCACACGUUCAUGUCUUUUUAAACAAGAAUAUGUUUUAAAGCUUCCAUCUUUGAAGAAGGGGCUACUUAGCAAUCAGAGAUGAAAAUCUUGUGGAAUUUGGCGGUGGCUGUGGUGCUAGUUUUGGGCUCGGUGGUUGCUGGUGGCUAUGCCUAUCCGGAGGAGGAUCUGGUGGCGAAAUUGCCAGGUCAGCCAGCGGUGAAGUUCAGGCAGUACGCAGGGUAUGUAGAUGUGGAUGUGAAGAAUGGAAGGAGUUUGUUCUACUACUUUGUGGAGGCUGAGGAGGAUUCUGAUCACAAGCCCCUCACUUUAUGGCUCAACGGAGGCCCAGGUUGCUCCUCAAUUGGAGGAGGUGCAUUCACAGAGUUAGGUCCAUUCUUUCCCAGAGGUGAUGGUAGAGGUCUCCGAAUAAAUUCCAAGGCAUGGAACAAAGCGUCGAAUCUUCUCUUUGUUGAGUCCCCUGCUGGCGUAGGAUGGUCGUAUUCAAACACGAGCUCGGAUUACACUUGUGGCGAUGCAUCAACAGCUAUGGAUAUGCACUCAUUUAUGCAUGGAUGGUAUGAGAAGUUCCCUUCGUUCAAAACACGACCUUUAUUUCUGACAGGAGAGAGCUACGCAGGGCAUUACAUCCCACAAUUAGCCAUUGCUCUUCUCGACCACAACGAACGCUCUACUGGUUUCAAGUUCAACCUUAAAGGGGUUGCUAUUGGGAAUCCACUGCUGAGACUAGACCGUGAUGUUCCAGCAACAUACGAAUUCUUCUGGUCACACGGAAUGAUUUCUGAUGAAAUCGGUCUCACCAUCAUGAACGACUGCGAUUUUGAUGAUUAUACCUUCGACAGCCCACACAAUGUCUCACAAUCCUGCAACGACGCCAUAGCUAAAGCAAACCAGAUCGUUGGCGAUUACAUAAACGCAUACGAUGUCAUCCUUGACGUGUGCUAUCCUUCAAUAGUGGAGCAAGAAUUGAGACUCCGAAAGAUGGCCACAAAGGUUAGCCUCGGAGUGGAUGUUUGCAUGAGCUAUGAACGACGAUUCUACUUCAACCUUCCAGAAGUCCAGAAGGCCCUCCAUGCCAAUCGAACCAAUCUACCAUAUAGCUGGAGCAUGUGCAGCAGUGUUCUAAAUUACAGCGAUCCCGACGGAGACAUCAACAUUCUUCCAUUGCUCAAGAGGAUCAUUCAAAACCACAUUCCAGUUUGGGUUUUCAGUGGCGAUCAAGAUUCAGUCGUGCCACUGCUCGGUUCCAGGACACUCGUGCGCGAGCUUGCUCACGAUCUGCAGUUCCCGACGACAGUACCCUACGGAGCAUGGUUCCAUAAAGGACAGGUCGGAGGCUGGGCCACCGAGUACGGCAACCUGCUGACAUUCGCAACAGUGAGAGGCGCAGCUCAUAUGGUGCCGUAUGCGCAGCCGUCGAGAGCGCUGCAUCUAUUCAGCUCGUUCGUCCGCGGCCGGAGAUUGCCGAACACCACGCGUCCCUCCAUUGAUGAUUGAUUGUUGUGUCUGUGUGUCUCUUCAGCCGAAGGCGAUGAUGAUCAAUUCCCAUUCUAUUGCUGCAAAUUACAAAUCAAGAAGCAAAGCAGAACAAUACAUUUUACAUGAAAACACUCACUUUCUGAGCUCUCUACCCAUUUAUAUGGAAAUUCAAUUCGAAGAUGAUAGAUACCUGGCGUUGUUAUAUGUUGUUCCCAAUAAAUUUAAUGCAUAUAUAUAUAAAAAAAAUGAAAUUUAUCAUAAA